GGGGAUUUUGCCUUCAUAUACAGAGUAGCUGCCGUCGCUCACCAAGCGUGAUCAUUCCGCUUGCAGCUCCGUUCUUCCCUUCACGCGAGACCCGGCUACGGGGUGUUCCAACACCUUCUCCAAACACCGGACAAUCUCCUCGCACAUCCUUCCCCUCCCAAACCACCACUAACCCUCAUACCGAUCCCGAAAUCCCGGGUAAGCCGUGUCCGACGGAAUACGAGAGGGAAACACCAAACAAUGGCGGACGAAAAACACGCCACAGAGCCGACGGCGGAGGCGCCCGGGCUGAGGCUCGAGGAUACCACCGGCCCGAUUGAACGGCCAAAAGGAUGGAUGUACAAGGGAUUUAGGAUCGGGGGCAAGGAGAUCUGGUACGCGUCGCCAAUCGUCCAGCUGCUCAUGGUCGCCAUGGUCUGCUUCCUGUGCCCCGGCAUGUUCAACGCCCUCAACGGCCUUGGCGGCGGUGGGCAGGUGGACGCGACGGCCCAGAACGACGCCAGCACCGCCCUGUACUCGACCUUUGCUGUCGUCGGCUUCUUCUCCGGUACGAUCGCCAACAUGCUCGGCGUCAAGAUCACCAUGGCGAUCGGCGGCCUCGGCUACUGCAUCUACGCGGCCAGCUUCCUCAGCUACAACCACAACCAAAACCACGGCUUCGUUGUCUUCGCCGGCGCCUUCCUCGGUGUCUGCGCUGGCCUGCUCUGGACUGCCCAGGGUACCAUCAUGAUGAGCUACCCCCCCGAGCAGAAGAAGGGUCGGUACAUCUCGUACUUCUGGAUCAUCUUCAACUUCGGCGCCGUCAUCGGCUCCCUGGUCCCCCUCGGCCAGAACGUGAACGCCACCGGCACCACCAACGUCACCGACGGCACCUACAUCGGCUUCAUCGUGCUCAUGGUCCUCGGCGCCGCCCUGGCCCUGGCCCUGUGCAACGCCGACAGGGUCCGCCGCGACGACGGCAGCAAGGUGAUCCUGAUGAAGAACCCGAGCUGGAAGACCGAGAUCAUCGGCCUGUUCGAGACCAUCACGUCGGCGCCCUGGGUCAUCCUCCUGUUCCCCAUGUUCUUCGCCUCCAACAUCUUCUACACGUACCAGCAGAACGACUUCAACGGCGCCCACUUCAACACCCGCACCCGCGCCCUCAACAACCUGCUCUACUGGCUGAGCCAGAUCAUCGGCGCCAUCAUCUUCGGCUACGGCCUCGACAUGCCCAAGGUCCGCCGCUCCGUCCGUGCCAAGGCCAGCUUCGUCGCCCUCUUCUCCUUCCUCUUCAUCAUCUGGGGCGGUGGCUACGCCUGGCAGAAGCAGCAGGCGCCUCGUGAGGUCACCGAGGAUAAGAACUUCGUCGGCUACGACUGGACUGAUGGCGGCAAGCUCUACAUUGGGCCCAUGUUCUUGUACAUGUUUUACGGCUUCUUUGAUGCCGCGUGGCAGACCUGCAUCUACUGGUACAUGGGCGCGCUCAGCAACUCGGGCCGCAAGGCGGCCAACCUCGCCGGCUUCUACAAGGGUAUCCAGUCGGCCGGCGCCGCUGUCUUCUGGCGUCUGGAUGGUCUGAAGACGUCCUUCGAUACCAUGUUUGCUGCGUCGUGGGGUCUUCUCGCCGGAGCGCUCGUCAUCGCCGCUCCCGUCAUCUUCCUGCGCAUCAAGGACACGGUCUCCAUUGAGGAGGAUCUCAAAUUCAGUGACGAGACGAUUCAGGACGUCGUCCCCGACGCCGUCCCUGCAGGCGACAUCAAGAUGGUGGGCAAGGAAAGCUCUGGUUCGGCCUGAUGCUGCGUCGCUUUGCUGUAUGUCACAGUCUGGAUGUUUAGUGUGCCUCGCUAGCUCAGGCAGGGGCUAGAGGCAAGGGAAGUUGAUGUUUGCUGUGCCCAGCGGAGGAGAUAUCAACUUUGAGUGGCUUUGAAUGAUACCAGGUAUAAUAAUAUAUGAGGUAAUAAUAUAUUAUCUGAGUUGCCAAUUG